GAGCUCAUAGUAUGCGUUGUCGACGCAUUGUGCUUAUGGUUGUGUCCCUCUCUUCGUGUUUUUGUUGUGUGUCAGACUAUGCACUGUUUUCUAGGGUAAUUAAACCAAUGGAGUAAUGGCCGUUGUAGGCAGUGAAUACUGGAGCAAUUUGGCUUAAGGGCAACGUUUUCUUUGGUAAACAGCCCACUCUUCCGACUUUUACUUAGUUGAAACUUGUGCGGUGUUUUCUUUCUUCGUCAAGGAGUUUUCAAUCGAGCAACCUUGCGCGUUCAGGGAAAGCUUUGUGAGCUUGUCCCGAACUCGGAACUAACCUUGAUCAAAUACAAGAACGAGGUAAAAGCAAGAAGAAUCGGCGUGUUUCUGGAAAACUCACAAUGGAAGCUAUAGCGAAACACGACUUUAACGCGACGGCGGAUGACGAAUUGAGUUUUAGGAAAAACCAGGUUUUAAAGAUUCUUAACAUGGAGGAUGAUAUGAAUUGGUAUAGAGCUGAAUUGGAGGGCAAGGAAGGCCUUAUCCCCAGCAAUUAUAUUGAGAUGAAGAACCAUGACUGGUACUAUGGAAGAAUAACUCGAGCAGAUGCUGAGAAGCUUUUGUUGAAUAAACAUGAGGGUGCUUUUCUCAUCAGAGUUAGCGAGAGUUCCCCUGGCGACUUCUCACUGUCUGUCAAAUGCUCUGAUGGAGUUCAACACUUCAAAGUUUUGAGAGAUGCACAGGGUAAAUUUUUCCUGUGGGUUGUUAAGUUCAAUUCUUUGAAUGAACUCGUUGAAUACCACAGAACAGCAUCCGUAUCUCGUUCUCAGGAUGUAAAAUUACGUGAUAUGGUUCCAGAUGAGUGUUUGGUUCAGGCCCUAUAUGAUUUCACACCUCAAGAAACAGGUGAAUUGGAAUUUAGGAGAGGAGAUGUCAUUAAUGUCACUGAUCGCACGGAUCAACAUUGGUGGCAUGGUGAAAUUGGUGCACGCAAGGGACUGUUUCCUUCCACGUAUGUGACUGCUUACCACUCAUAGACUGCUUUAAAUUCUUUUGUAUUUGCUCAUUGGCAUUUUUCUGGUCCAUCAUUUUGUGUGUCUUUCUCACAAACCUGCUUAUUAAGAAUGGACCAACCAUUGUGAAAACCUGAAAGAUAUCAAUUAAUAUUACCUAUCCUAUUGUUUUAGUUGCAAGAUAAUUUUUUCUUUGUAUUACUUUUCUCAUAAUAUUUUGUGAACGGUUUGAAGUACAAUUUUAACGGUAAAUUUUUCAGGGUGUACUUAGUGUUGGUGAAAAAACUGGAAAUUGGCUGCCCAAUAGUCUUGAUAUUUUUCCUCCAAUUUUAUGCAUUGUUAAAUGCAUAUUCAUUUUUCACGUGUAAUAAGUAAAAAUUUUGUUCCCUUAGGAAUUUUCAUAAUCUUCAUACCUCUCGUAUAGCACAUUUUUACACUUAUUUCUACCUCCUUUAUGAUCAUUUUUUUCAUGCUUCAAUGUUGCAAUCAAUUUUUUCUUACUGUCAUACUGUUUAAUUCUUUGCAGCGUUUUCUUUUUCUAAACUGGUUAUAUUGUUUUAUUUUUUCUGUUUCUUCUAUAUUUUUGAAUCAUAAAAUCAAUGUUAAUUUUGGACUUUCUCCCUAAGCCUUUUCAUUUUAAAGUACGGUAAGACAAGGCAAAAUGUUUUAAUGCUUUGUUUGACAUUCUUUAAAUUCAUUGUUUUAAUUAUCUACUGUCGUGUUACUGUUUUCUUUUCUUUUUAUUGAAUGUAUGUUUGUUAAAUAGUUACUUACAAUGAGCCCCGUGAUAAAUGAAGCUGAAAUAUAGCUUCACCAUGGAAAGAAUAAUUUUUCACCUCUGUAAGCAUUUCCUUUGCUACCCAAUGAGAUUUGCAUAUAUCAUUCAUAUAUCAAACAUUUUGCAUCUGAUUUGGUUGUCAUUUUCUUUUUACAGUCUUAAUGUCUAAUUGUAUCUGUAAAUGCCAUUUUCAAAUAUUUUGGGUCUGAUUUGACAGUAUUACCUUUUCAAUCCUUGAGAUUUUUGCUCUUUUCUUUUUUGUGACGGAAUCACAAUAUCUCUACUUUGCCUUGCCUGCAUUGUACUCCUUUUCUUUUGGCGUUUGUCCGCACAUGCAUCUGCCCAAUGGGUAACCUAAUGCUUUUAUUGAUAUUAAAUACCUUCCCCUACCCAAACUGUUAUUUCCUAAGCGUGAGUAGGUGGUUUUUAAUACCCAUCUCAAUUUGCUGUUGUGCUCUUGCUCCUUGUACAAACUUAUUUGACAUAUAAGUGUGAUAAAUUGUUGCCAUGGUUUUGUGUUUACUCUGCUUAGACUACUCAGUGGCUCAUUACAAUUUUUUUUGGUAAGAGUUGUGGCAAACAUUAUGCUUUCAAAAUUAACCUCACAUGUCUGUUUUGUUGUGUUUUCUAUUCUUGGAGGUUUUUAUGUCAUCCUUUGCACAUCUGGUGCCAGGAAAACACAAUGUAGAACAAAAUUUGCGAUAUUUCCCUAUUGUGUGAGUGAAAUGUCUUGUGAUGAUGAUGAAAUGCAAUGGUUAGGAUACUCAAACAAUUUUAAAAUACUUGUUUUGUGUAUUCUGUUAGGCUAAUUGCUUUUCUGAUAAAAAAAAUCUUAAGUUAAGAUUCUUUGAGUUAAUGGAGUGCUUCUAUUUAUUUUGCAUAGACCAUGUGUGAAGAGGUCAGUCAGUGUAACACAGUGUGUACUCGUUUCAAGUAAUUGGUAUACAUAAUUCAUUUCUCUUCAUUUAUUUGCACCUCCCAUUUUAGAGUGAUUACCCUCUUUAUAUUUGUAUUGCUUUUGUUUUACUGUUGUGAAUACAGACUUGUUUCUUGCAUUGUUUCUUUUUUCCAAAAGAAGUGUAUUGUUUCAUUUUGUGAGCUUCCUGCCUUUUAAAUGUGAUAUGCUCUGUAUCAGUCAAUGGUGCCAUUAUACCUUACUGUACCUCUUUUGAGGCAGGUAUUAGUCAAGGCUUUCAUGUCUUCUCUUAGCUGAAGCUUUGAGUAAAUGUUCUAAGGUCUUCACUAAAUCAAGCAAAAAUGCUCGCAUUUAGAAUAGUGUAAUUAUGCGAUGAAUGUCCCCAGUGCUAUUCCAAUCUAGUAGUCACCUGUCCACUGGUUCCACUGACUUGUAUUCAAGUGUCUUCCUGAGCAUAAUGCAGAUGUUUGAAUUGGGGCUCUUCCCUCCACUUACAAGUCAUUUUCGCAGUGUUAUAAUUUGAUUUGGUAGACCUCAAGGAUUUUCUUCUGUUUGAUUUUGUUAAAAUCAAACCAUUUAACAAAUUGCUCGUAUUCAAAAAGUUAAUGAUGGAACUACAGAUUCCUUUAAUAAGAUUAAUAGUAAUGUUUGUAUUAAUUGAAUUAUUGAAUGCUACUUCUGUGCUGUUUUAUAUCAUUUGAAUGCUUUCCCCUUUUGUAGUAUAAUUUUCGUGGUAUUGCAGUCUGCCACAUGUGUACAUAUUAGACUCCCCAAAUGUAUAAUUUGGUAUGUGAUGCUAAGGUUGACACCAUUGGUGUUUCAAUUGUUGAGGCAAGUUGUUAGGGUAUGCAGAAAUAUUUAUACGGUAUGUAAUUAUAUUGUUCCAUUUUCUUUUAUUUGCUCGAAUUAGUAUGUUUUAGAUUGUGAUGCAGAAAGAAAUGUAAUGAAAGUGAUAUCAGCACACAUUUGUAAUUGUUGAAGCUGUUUCUGAAAUGACUUACCUCUAAAUGAGGUGUAAGGAACUAUGUUGUGAGAACGUGAAUUCAGGAGAUUCUAGAUUGUGAACAAACAUUUCACUGGAAGCUAAAUUUGUUCUUCUUUAUAUGAUUUAUUUUGCUGUUGUGAGUAUAAUAUUUUAACUUUUCAGACGUAGUAAUAUUUUUCUAUCGUUAAAGGAAUAAGAUAAGAUCAGAAAAUCAAAUAUUUUACAUAACAUGGAAUCUAUCAGUUUUUGAAAUUUAAAUCAAGCUCCAAGUUAUUUACGUACAGUAGCUUUAUGAUUACGUUAUUAUUUAUGAUAUUAUUCUGACUAACGGUUAAACGUUUUCUGUUCUGUUGCUGAUUUUGUUUAUGAUGGACUUUUGUGUUCCAGCUGUUAGAAUUAUCUUUCCCCUUCCCAAUUUUUCAUUUCAUGCCCUCUAUUUCUAGCCUUGUGACGCGUCUCCGUACUACAGGUGGAGUUAUUCCCAGCUCCCUCAGUUGGUGACGCUGGCUUUUGCAGGUGCAUGGAUGCAUAUUGCAUUUGUCAUAAGUUUAUAAAAAGUAAAA